UAUAAAAUUGUUCUCUAAUGAGCCUUUCUAAGGUUUUUUAAAAUAAUUGAUUGAUAAAUUUAUCUUUUAUAGCAUCUCCUGACCGUUAACUACAAAUUUUGACAAUACCCCACCCACUGUAAAGUCUACUACUUUAUUUUUUUUAAGGAAUAAUUUCUUCUAGGGUUAAUGGUUAUUGUUAUGAGUUAGGGUUAGAGGGUUAGGGUUAGGAUUAUAACACAUGGAUUUUAUUGUGGACAGAUUCUAAAAGUGCUUAAAGUAAUUUUAUGUAUACAUAGACUGUAUCGGUGUAUAAAUUAUUAUAAUACUGAACUAGAAUGGGUGGACCAAGGCUCGACAAAUUUAAAUUGAAGUCAACUUACCUCAAUGUUAUAUGGAUUUUCUAUUUCAAGGCCAAUUAUAUUGUUUCAAAUAGCCAUUGUGUAAAUUUCGCUAAUCACAUAAUGACGUACAUCGCAGUAAGCUUAAGAUACCCCGGAAUUAAACAAGUGUGGUUUGUGUGAAAUUGUACCAUUGCUCAGCGUACGGUACUAAAUGAUGCAGGUUUGAUUUUCGAAUUAAAACUUUUUUAAUCUGACGAAGAAAACAUUUUGAAUAAAUUGAAACUAGCAAAUUAGGUAAAUACAUUUACAAGUACCUAAAAUAUAAUGCAAAUUUUACAGCCCCAGUCUUCAAAUUUUAAAAGAUUUUAAUUGUUUAUACGUACAAAUAACACAUGGUCCCUUGCGUACUAUAAAGCAUUGUCAUAUGACUACACAGGAAGUGAACCACACCAGGAUAAAAUUUAGAAAGAUGUAAAUAAAAGCAACGGUGACCUAAACUGGAUAUAACUUGAAAGAUUUUCAGAUAAUUUAAAGAAAUAUUUUAUAUGCCAAGCAUUGGUCCAACCACAACAUGGAAGAGUCAGUCACCACUUUAUCGUUUUUUUCCCUUAAAAACUUUAUCAUCAUGCAAAGUAUUUUUUAUUUACAAUAUUACAUGUUAAUUGUACUAUAAUUAACUUAAUAUGUAUGGUAGGCCCCUAGUGAAUGAUUAAUACACUGCCAUAUUUGUAUGAAGUUCAACUGUUCCAAACAGUUUAGUAUAAGUAUACAUGAUCCAUACAAGUCAUCUUCAUAUUAAAUAAGAAAUACAAAGGAUCUUUAAAAACUUGAUUAAAAAAUAAUCUAGAAAAUGAUGAUAUAUAUAUAUCUUGAAGAUCCCUUUAACAGGUGAAACCGGUUGAUAUUUCUCUUCAGUUAUUUAUAAAUUACAGUUUUGUAAAUAAACAAUUGCAAUGUAAACUGGAAAAGGCAUCACUUCAUUCUCUUUUUUCCCGCUAUUUUUAUCCGUAUUGUUUUAAACUUUACAUUUUGGAUAUAUAUAUAAAAUUUUUAAAGCAUUAGGAUGCCCUGGUCUUGUUCUGUUAUUCUUUAGGUCAUAUGUUUGAGUUCCGCAAUGAUGCACUUUUCCUUUCAACCAUUUUCAUAUUUAUUUCAGAACCAAGAUGGAUAUGUUUUAUUAUUGCCAUUUACCUGGAUUACCAAAAAAGGUUAAAUGGCCUGUUAGGAUGCACAAACCGGGCAUUGUUUAUUGUCAUGCAGACAACGCAUAAAUUUGGACCAAGAAGGGCAUAUGACAGUCUUAAUGCUGUCUGUUCAGAGUGUGAACUGACAAGACCAGAACAGCUAACCAGCACAAAUUUGAGGAAAUACAUGGCUACCCUCUGUCAGGUGAUGAAUUUGGCACCAAACGAGCUUCAGCAAGUUUGCAGACAUUUGGGUCAUACAACAAAAGUACACUUGAACCACUACAGGACCAUGAGUCCCUAUAUUGAAAGAGUGAACAUAGGUAAAAUUCUCCUCAUGCAAGAUUUAAAUCUGCAGUCUAACUUUGUUGGGAAAAAGUUGGAAGAAGUAGAAUUCACAGAAAUGUUCAAGCAACAACAAUCAGGGCUGCCACUGCAGGAACAUGAAGCAUGUGAAACACAAGGGGCCAGGUCUGUAGAUGGGGAAGAUGAAGAGAUGGAUGAACCAAUGAUGGACCUGGAAGAAACAGAUGAGGAAGGCGGAGAAGAAAGGAUGGAAUUUGAUAAAUCUGCCAAGCCCUCGAAAUCCAAAAAGAAAAAUAGACAAAGAUGGACUGAAAAAGAAGUGAAAGAAAUACAUCUGUAUUUGGGGAAACUCAUUGAAUCAGGAAAGACACCAUCAAAAAAAGAUUGUGUGAAAGCAAAGCAACAGAGCCUGAAGAAUGGAGGUGAACUCCAUAGGCGCUACUGGCACCUCAUAGUUAAGAAAGUAUCAGCUAUGAUCCAAAAGAAUAAAAAAAUAAGACUAUUGUAAAGUUUAUACUU